AUGGCAGAAGGAGUACUCUUCAACGUUGCAGAAGGGAUCAUUGGAAGGUUAGGCUCCCUUGUUUUCCAAGAGAUUGCAUUGCUUUGGGGUGUCAAAGAUGACCUCCAAAAGCUGAAGGAGAAAGUUGCACAACUCCAAGCUGUUCUUCUUGAUGCUGAGCAAAAACAAGCCAAUAAUAAUGAAGUCAAAGUGUGGCUCCAAAGCGUAGAAGAUGCAGUUUAUGAAGCUGAUGACGUGGUCGAUGAGUUUUAUACUGAAGCUCAGUGGAGACAAAUGGUGCCCGGAAAUAAUAAAGUGUCAAAGCAGGUACGCAACUUCUUCUCUAGCUCAAACCAGCUUGUUUUUGGGCUGAAAAUUGGUCAUAUGAUAAAAGAUCUUGACAAGAGACUUCAUGAGAUUACCUCGAAUAGAACAUUUGGUCAAUUACCAGUGAACCACGAAGAUGCACGAUUUGUAAUAAGAGAGAGGGUCAACCACUCAUUUGUCCGCGAGGAUAAUAUAAUAGGGAGAGAUGAAGAUAAAAGAGCAAUUAUUCAACUUUUGUUGGAUUUGGAUCCCAUCCCUACAAAGAAUGUCUCAUCGAUUUCCAUAGUUGGAUUUGGAGGAUUGGGAAAAACUACACUUGCUCAACUAGUUUUAAACGAUGAGAUGGUUGAGAAGCAUUUUGAGCUGAAAAUGUGGAUAUGUGUGUCAAAUGUAUUUGAGUUGGAUAUAAUUGUUAAGAAAAUCAUUCACUCUGCAACUAAUGACAUAGCCAAAAGCCUUGAGAUUGAUCAGUUGCAAAAAGAACUGAGGAAAAUAAUAGAUGGGAAGAGAUACCUCCUUGUGUUGGACGAUGUGUGGAAUGAUAAUCGUGAAAAAUGGUUUGGCUUGCAAAACUUGUUGAUGGGCGGUGGUAAAGGUAGUAAAAUACUAAUAACUACUCGAAGUGAAAAAGUUGCAAAAAUAACAGACACAUCUAAACCAUAUAACUUAAGGGGUUUAAGUGAAGAGCAGUCUUGGUAUUUGUUUAAGAAAAUGGCAUUCCAAGAAGGAAAAGAGCCAGAGAGUUCAACCAUUAAGGCGAUUGGGGAGGAGAUUGCUAGAAAAUGUCAGGGGGUUCCUCUUGCUAUAAGGACCAUAGGACGGAUGUUGUACACUAGAGAUCCAGAAACUGAGUGGUUGGCUUUCAAGAAUAACAAGCUUUCAACAAUAAGGCAAGAAGAAAAUGAUAUUUUACCAACACUUCAGCUGAGUUAUGAUGUUCUCCCAUCACAUUUGAAACAUUGUUUUGCUUAUUGUAGUUUGUCCCCGCCUGAUUAUGAGAUUCCCGUAGAGAAUUUAAUUAGGUUGUGGGUGGCACAAGGGUUCGUUAAGUCUUCAAAUCCUAAUGAGUGCUUGGAAGAUGUUGGUUAUGAAUAUUAUAACGAACUAGUUUGGAGAUCUUUUUUCCAAGAAGUAAAAGAUGAGUUUGGUAUAAUUAAAAGCUGUAAAAUGCAUGAUCUCAUGAAUGAACUUGCUGUUAAAGUGGCAGGGGAGGGAAGCAGAAUAAUAGAUGUCAAUCAGACUGAUUUUGAUGCAAAACGUCUUCUUCAUGUAUCUUUCAAUUUUGAAGUUGAUUUGUUGAAAUGGAAAUUACCAACAUCCUUGCUGGAAUCAAAUAAUAAGCUAAGGACUUUUCUUUUCCUAGGCCAAAAGGAGUGGGGGAUGUCAUUCCGUACGUCAUUUUGUGCUACAAUUGCUUCAAAUUUUAAGUCAUUGCGUAUGUUGAGUUUGAAUGGAUUGGACAUUACAAAAUUGCCAAAAUGUCUUAGGAAAAUGAUACAUUUAAGAUAUCUUGAUCUUAGUGAUAACAAAGAAAUGGAGAGACUUCCCAAUUGGAUAGUCAAACUUCAAAAUUUGGAAACACUAGAUCUCUCAAGAUGUGAGUCUCUUGUGGAAUUGCCUAGAGAUAUCAAGAAAUUGAUCAACUUAAGACAUCUCAUUUUGAAAAGAUGUUAUAAAUUGGCUCGGAUUCCUCGUGGAUUAGGUGAAUUGAGUAGUAUUUGUACUUUGAGUAGAUUUGUUUUGAGUGAAAAAAAAUUCAUGUUGAGGGACUGUGCAGGGCUAAGUGAGUUGGGGAAGCUGAAUGAUUUAAGAGGAGAGUUGGAGAUCAUAAAUUUGAGGUACAAGAAAGAUAUGGUGUCAGAAUUGAAUUAUGAUGGUGCAGUUUUGAAGGAGAAACGACAUCUCUAUUCAUUGACUUUACAUUGGAUGCACAUCGAGAGUGAAAAUAGUGAUGUGGUUGAGGAGGAGAGUGAUGUAAUUAUUAAGUCAACGGAAGCGCUGCAGCCCCAUUCAUGUCUAAAAGAGUUAACCCUGAAGGACUAUAUGGGUGCGGGGUUUGCGAGUUGGUUUCAUUCUCUCCCAAAUAUUGUUAAUCUCACUAUUUGGCAUUGCCCGAAAUUGGCGUCACUACCAGAAGGGAUGGGCAACCUCAAAUCACUUCAGUUUCUUUUGAUACGGGAUUGCCCUAAUUUUGUUAAACGUAAUACAUUUGUAUCAGUUGUUAAAGUAGAGUUGUGUCUCUUGAUGAAAAGUUAUGUUUAG